AAAUAGCAUUCUAAUUAGUAACUUUUCAGAAUUGAUCCAAAAAAUAUAUAUUCAGUACACGUCCCAUUCUCUAGACAAAGCUAAUUUUUUUUAAAACUUACUUAAAAUAUUUGUAGCUAUUUAUUUGGGAAGGUAUGACCAACUGAGCAAACAUUUCCGCUUAAAUCUGAGUCGUUGCUCUAUUACUACUGCCUGUUAAGCAUGGCGAGUUUGGUGGAGGUUUCAUCUGCUGCUCACUUUGGGGAGCUGCUUCAGAAAAGCGGCAAGUCCCUUGCAGUGGUACACUUUUGGGCACCAUGGGCUCCCCAGUGUAAUCAGAUGAAUGAAGUAAUGGCCGAAUUAGCCAAGGAAUAUUCCCAAGUUACAUUCCUGAAGCUGGAAGCUGAGGCAGUACCUGAAGUGUCUGAGAAAUAUGAAAUAACUUCUGUUCCCACAUUUCUGUUCUUUAAGAAUGCUCAGAAGAUUGAUAGGUUGGAUGGUGCUCACGCUCCAGAAUUAACCAAGAAAGUUCAGCAUCAUGCUUCCAGUUCAGUACAAGUAGGUGCUGUUGAUGCAAACAAAGAAGACCUAAGUGUACGUUUGAAGAAACUGAUUAAUGCUGCACCUUGCAUGCUUUUUAUGAAAGGAUCAUCUCAGGAACCCCGCUGUGGUUUCAGCAGACAGAUUGUGGACCUUCUUAAUCGACAUAGUGUGCAGUUCAGCAGUUUUGACAUUCUUUCUGAUGAAGAAGUGCGUCAGGGACUGAAGACUUAUUCCAACUGGCCAACCUAUCCUCAGUUAUAUGUUAAUGGAGAACUGAUUGGGGGGCUCGAUAUUGUAAAGGAGCUUGCAGCAUCUGGAGAACUGGACAGUAUUUGCCCUAAGGCACAAAAGCUAGAAGAUAGGCUUAAAUCUCUUAUAAAUAAAGCACCGGUGAUGCUGUUUAUGAAGGGUAACAAGCAGAUGGCAAAAUGUGGAUUCAGCAGACAGAUACUAGCAAUCAUGAAUGAGUGUGGUGUUGAAUUUGAGAGUUUUGAUAUACUGGAAGAUGAAGAAGUUCGGCAGGGAUUAAAAACAUAUUCCAAUUGGCCAACAUACCCUCAGCUAUAUGUAAAAGGUGAACUUGUUGGAGGGAUUGAUAUUGUUAAGGAGCUGAAAGAAAAUGGUGAACUACUAUCUGUCUUGAAGGGAGAAAAUUAAUGUUCAAAGUCAUCUAUGCCCAGAUAGUAGACUAAUUAGUUUCUUGUGUAUAAAUUUGCAGUAGCUAUAUAAUACUAAGCCAUAUGUUGCAUUUAUUUGAAUUAAAAACACAUUUUUAAAACUA